AUGCCAGCAGUUCCCACCGCCUGGCACUCUCUUACGCUCGCCAACUUUUCCACAAUCAACCCGCACGAGCACCCCAUCAAGCUCGCCCACUCUCGCCCUGGAAGCACACAAACCAUCUUCCCCAUCGGCGCUGGAGCAGUCAAUCCGAUGGACCUUGACCUCUCGACCUGGAACACCUUCUCCCUCUGCAUCCUCACUCUGCUCCUCAUCCUUCUUUGCCUCUACAUCCACAUCUACUACACCCGAAAACCAUCGCAAACCGCAAAACUCUCCGCCUGUGACUUAGAGGCGGCCUACAGAUUUCCCAGCAUCGGCCUCAGAGGACGGCGAAGAAUGGCCCGGGCUUCGGAAGUGCUGGCAAAAGCAGAGCAGGAUGCUGAGUCCCAGGACACACAGGCCGAAUUCAAGAUGGAAAGGCAAUCCUGGACCAGGAGGGCGAGUUGUGGCCCGUGGAGAUGA